AUGAAUACUCCCAUGCUGAGCAUUGUUGACCCAUCAAUUCUCAAGAGAAUGCAUGAUAGAAGAGUUAAUAACAACAAUUUACCCAGCCGCCCUUCAUCAAAUGGUCUUGGAAAUCCAACAAAAUCUAUUCGCCGGAGGUCUUCCGAUUUUAAACUCCAUAACAUUAAAGGCGAGCAGUAUAGUGGUGGAUCAACAAAUGGCCAUAUCUAA